AUGACAAGUUUAAGCCUUCUUUCAUGGAUUUCAAUCAUAAGCUGUGUUUUUCUUGUUUUUGUUCAUGCUCAAGACCAAUCUGGUUUUAUUAGUAUCGAUUGUGGGAUAGCUGAUGAUUCAAGCUACACUGAUGAGAAAACAAACAUGAAAUACGUUUCGGAUUUGGGAUUUGUUGAGUCUGGAACGAGUCAUAGCAUAGUUUCUAACCUUCAGACAACUUUUCUCGAAAGACAGUUCCAAAACGUAAGAAGCUUCCCCGAAGGUAAGAGAAACUGUUACAACAUAAAGCCUCAACAAGGGAAAGGUUUCAAGUAUCUGAUCAGAACACGUUUCAUGUACGGGAACUAUGAUGGUUUAAACAGAACACCAGAGUUUGAUCUUUACCUUGGAGUCAAUCUAUGGGAACCUGUUGUUCUUGUCAAUGAAACGGUUAUAGUUACCAAAGAGAUCAUUUACACUCCUCCUUCAGAGAAUAUUAAUGUCUGUCUUGUUGAUAAAAACAAAGGAACUCCGUUUCUGUCUGUCUUGGAAGUAAGGUUUGUGAAGAACAACACGUACGAUACUCCUUAUGAAGCUCUUAUGCUUGGUCGGAGAUGGGACUUCGGCUCAACAAGCAACCUUCAAGUUAGAUACAAAGAUGAUUUUUAUGAUCGUAUAUGGAUGCCGUACAAGUCUAACAGGAAGAUUCUGAAUACAUCCCUCACCAUCGAUGAAACUAACCACAACGGGUUCAGACCAGCGAGUAUUGUCAUGAGAACUGCGAUAUCACCAGAAAACGAAAGCAACCCUUUGACGUUUACAUGGUCACCGGAUGACCCGAGGUCGAUGUUUUACGUAUACAUGCAUUUCGCUGAAGUUCAGAAGCUACAAAGCAACGAGACGAGAGAGUUCGAUAUAUACGUGAAUGAUGAUGUACUUGUCAAGAAUAUCAGACCGUUGUACUUGUUUACAGACACACGUUCCACUGAAAAGCCUGUUGGGAGAACAAUGAAUGAGAUUGUCAUACGGAAAACAGAUUUAUCGACUCUUCCACCGAUCAUCAAUGCUAUUGAGAUUUAUCAGAUCAAUGAGUUUCUUCAGUUACCAACAUAUCAACAAGAUGUUGAUGCCAUGGUGAAGAUUAAGUUGAAGUAUGGAGUGAAGAAGAAGAACUGGCAAGGAGAUCCAUGUGUUCCAGUGGAGUAUUCUUGGGAAGGUCUUGAAUGUCUCCAAAGUGAUAACAAUACUUCUCCAAGACUCAUUUCUCUGAACUUGACCUCUAGUUCAUUGACUGGAGAGAUUGAUCCAGCUUUCUCCAACCUAACAUCAAUAAAAAAAUUGGACUUAUCAAACAAUAGCUUAACGGGAACAGUACCUGACUUCCUCUCCAGUUUAUUAAACUUGACUGAACUAAACUUGGAAGGAAACAAGUUAACUGGUUCCAUUCCAGCUAAACUGUUGGAGAAAUCAAAAGAUGGUUCUCUUUCGCUAAGAUAUGGUGGAAACCCUGGCCUUUGUCAGUCAUCUUCAUGUCAACCAACAAUAACUAAGAAGAAGAAGAGUGGUUACAUCAUCCCAUUAGUAGCAUCAGUCCUAGUACUACUCGUUCUUUUGAUCAUAUUAGCUUUACUCUGUCAUUUCAAGAGAAGAUCACGAAGAGAUUCAGUCUCAAACAAACUUUCUCCUAAUGGUGUCAACACCGGACCACUGGACAUAGCCAAAAGAUACUUUAACUACUCAGAAGUUGUGGAUGUCACAAACAACUUCGAGAGAGUUCUUGGCAAAGGUGGUUUUGGUAAAGUAUACCAUGGUGUCUUGAACGGAGAUCAAGUCGCUGUUAAAGUACUUUCUGAAGAGUCAGCGCAAGGUUACAAGGAGUUUAGAGCUGAGGUUGAGCUUCUGAUGAGAGUCCAUCACACGAACUUGACAUCUCUUAUAGGAUACUGCAACGAAGAUAACCACAAGUCUCUUAUCUAUGAGUACAUGGCUAAUGGAAACUUAGGAGACUACUUGUCAGGCAAUAGUUCUUUAAUAUUGAGCUGGGAAGAGAGGUUACAGAUAUCAUUAGAAGCAGCACAAGGCCUAGAGUAUCUCCAUUACGGUUGCAAGCCUCCCAUAGUUCACAGAGAUGUGAAACCAACGAACAUCUUACUCAACGAGAAGCUUCAAGCCAAGAUAGCUGACUUUGGUUUAUCUAGGAGCUUCCCUGUCGAAGGAACCAGUCAAAUCUCCACCGUUGUAGCUGGAACCAUCGGUUACUUAGACCCCGAGUACUACACAACGAGACAAAUGAACGAGAAGAGUGAUGUAUACAGCUUCGGAGUGGUUCUUCUUGAAGUGAUAACAGGAAAACCAGCAAUCUCACGUUCAAGAACACAGAGAGUGCAUCUAAGUGAUGAGGUUGGUUCAAUGCUGGCCAGUGGAGAUAUAAGAGGCAUUGUGGAUCAACGUUUAGGAGGUAGGUUUGAGGCUGGAACGGCUUGGAAGAUCACGGAAAUAGCAUUGGCUUGUGCCUCUGCGAGUUCUGAAAAGAGACCAACAAUGAGUCAAGUUGUUAUGGAGCUGAAACAGAGUGUUGUCGGGAAGGUGAAUGAUCGAGAUAGCCAUAGUAAUGAUUCUUUAAGAAUGGUUACCAUGAAUCUUGAUACCGAAAUGGUUCCUAGAGCGAGGUGAAGCUGGAUGUUGUGGAUUUGAUUGGUUAAGAAGAUACUCUUCAGUAAGAUGUGUAGAGUAUACGUUUGAGUUUUUAUGGUGUGGAAUGAUCAUUGUGAACUUUAAGAUUUGUGUAUAAACUUAAGUUCAAAUAUAUGCAUCCUCUAUAAUUUUCUUGUUCACGAAUCACGAACGUUUUAAAACAA